AUGUAUCAAACCUUCUCCGGCCAGUCUCGCCGCCCACGCCAAGUCAACCUCUCAGGCAGGCAAAUCACGAAUCCCUUUGCCUCCUCAGCAGCAGGCGGGCCACAGAGUGCUAUAGCCUCCGCACAGAAGGAUAGACUGCAUCGUCAACAACAACGAGAACGAUUGCAGGCUUCACAUCGUAUACAGAAGACAUGGCGAGGUCAUAGUUCACGGCGGCGGACAUUCAGGGCUUGGAGACAGGUAUGGGAUGAUUUGGAGGGCAGGCAUGCACCCGGCAAUGGGGCCUAUCAGAGUGAGGAGGAUAGUUUGAGGCAGUUGAGACGGUUGAUGUUGUUCUUUCAGCCGAGGGAGGAUGCGGAGAGGUUGACCGAGUAUGGGUUGAGGCAGGUCGCAACGGCGUCGCAAGCGUCGACGCCUUGUGUGGAUGGAGCGUGGCCGAAGUCAUACCUGCGGCUAACGAAGGCUUGUGUGGCUGCACUACGGACACGAAAUCGAAACGAUGAGAGGCAGGACUGGGCCCUGCUGAAUACAUUGAGCUUCUCAGUCCGCAAGACCGGAGGCGUGUUGAGUGCAGACGAUGCGGUGCGGUACUAUGAAGUCCUGACGAGGCUGAAGGAUGUGCCGGUCGAGCCACUGCAAGCUGCAUUAUUGGCUCCUUUGCAGUAUUCAGAAGCAUACACCGGCCUAGCUGUGCUGCUCGCGAGCCCUUUGGAUCCUGCUAUGCUGAGCCUGCUCCGGUCAUCCAUCGACCCGAGCACAUUGUGCGAUGCACUGGCGUCAAGAUCAGACAUCAAGACAACACGGUCACGAUUGUGGCUCCUUGGUAACCUCAUCUAUUUGGCUGGUGUAGCGAGAAGUGGCUCGACGACAUACAUCACAGCUGUCGCACAUCUACUUGGCUCUCUAGCGGAUGACGUCGAGUUUGAUUCGCCACCAGUUGAUCUUGACAACAUCGCAUUCGAUCGUGAGGUGCUAGCAAAGGUCGGCUCGGGAUUACCACUCAACAGCUUCCUUCAUGGGCAGAUAAGCGGGUUGAUCAAUCAAGAGUCGAUCAGGAACCUACUCUCGCGGGAUGCGACGUCUGGGGCAAAUGCACAAGUCCUGGCUGGCUAUGCAUUAACCUUACUGCGAUGCUUUCCACGACGAGCAGACGACAUCCGGAUGUGGCUCUAUCUCGGCCCUACGCGUACCACGACCGACGUUGGCGCAACACAAUACUUCUGGAACGCUUCUCGGUCGACUUCAGUGUUCUCGACUGUACGGCAGAACUCAAGACAUGUGGUCAGCUUACUACAAACAUCCACGAAAUCAGCCACACACCAAACGGACGAUUGGACGGUCAUACUGGUGUUUCUGGAGCUGUACACAUUCUUGCUGAAGAUCAUGGACGAUGAAGAGUUCAUGGGGCAGUCAGGCAGUCGCAGCAGUGCCAUCUCACUUCAAAAUGUUGGUGAGCUGGUCACAUUUCUGAAGAAUCUUGGCUUCACGCUAUACUUCAACGCCUCAGACCUCAGUGGUACUGGUCCCGCGACAGCGAGAGAUACUGGAUCGCUGUCACUGGGAAGACACUUUGGGCAUGGCACAAGUCAGAAGCCUGACAUCGACCUCAGUGAAGCGAAGCCUUUGACCUUGGCUGGCCUACCUGGUCUGACGAUUGACUAUCUGAAGGGUCUAACGACCGGUCUAUUGCGAGCCAUCUACGAACGAGACUCGAGACGACACUUCUUACCUAAAGACCACUGGCUGAUGACCGAUCGCUUUGACAUGACUGCUUUCAUUCCCGGCGUGGUCGCAGAAGAAGAAAGUAGACAUCUCAUCCAGGACCCCGACGACGACUUGGAUGGCGAGGACCCAUACGACGAACUCGACUUCUCCGACGACGACCGCACUUCUCCAGCCUUCACCGCCCGACGUAUGCACGCCCUGCGCUCCCAAGCCCAACGCGAACGACAACUCCGCCAAGCGUCUCGAAGACGUUACAUGGAAUCCGUAGCUCCACGCCUUGAGAUUCUGCAGAAUAUGCCCUUCUUUAUCCCCUUCACCACCCGCGUCGAGAUCUUCCGACAAUUUGUACAUCUCGAUCAAGAGAAACGACGGAAUGGCUAUGUGGAUCCGGACUUGUGGCGACAAAGCAUGAUGUUUCAACCUCCCUCGGCUAAUGGUAUGCCGCCAAGAGAUAUGCUGAGUAGACAUCAUGCCAAGAUAAGACGGAAGAACGAGUUCAGCGAUGCCUUCGAGCAGUUCUACGAACUGGGUGCCGAUCUGAAGGAACCGAUACAGAUUACUUUCGUGGACGAAUUCGAUAUCCCAGAAGCUGGAAUUGAUGGAGGAGGCGUGACGAAGGAAUUUCUGACUAGUGUAAUCACUCAGGCAUUCGAUACUAGUCAGUCCUCCUGGUUUGCCGAGACCGAGGGACACUUUCUGCAGCCAAGCGCGACUACGGUUGAGGAUAUGAAAAUUGCGUUACGGGCGGCAGGGGUGAAGGACGGGCAGGUUGGGAUGAGGGCGCAUGUCAAGGAGCUACUGCAGCAGUACGAGUUCCUGGGACGUAUUAUUGGGAAGUGUCUGUAUGAGGGUAUCUUGGUCGACGUUCUGUUUGCCGGGUACUUUCUCAAGAAGUGGGCUUUGACUGGAGGGCCCAACAAUGCGCCCAUGGAGUCUGGGUACAGAGCCAAUAUCAACGACCUCAAGGAACUGGACCCCGUGCUCUACCGCGGCCUCCUGGCUCUGAAGAACGCCCCCGCCGAACAAGUCGAGGACUUUGCUCUGACUUUCACCGUCGACGACCUCGUGGGCCCGGAGAACGCUACAGAGGUCUUGACUCGCGACCUCAUUCCCAACGGCGCCAACACACCCGUCACGGCCGAGAACCGUCUGAUCUAUAUCAACCGUAUCUCCUACUGGCGACUCCAGGGUCAAAGCGCGCAGCAGACGAAUGCCUUCCUCCGCGGUCUGGCCAGUAUUGUUCAGCCUUCGUGGCUGAACAUGUUCAACCAGUCUGAGCUCCAAACACUCAUAGGUGGCAGCACGACCCAAAUCGACGUCGCAGACUUACGACGGAACACCCUCUACGGCGGCGUCUACAGCAUCGGCGACGAUGGCCUGGAACACCCGAGUAUCCAGCUCUUCUGGUCUGUCAUGGCUGCUCUUCCGGACGAGGAAAGACGAAAUGUCUUGAAGUUUGUUACUUCGACACCUCGUGGUCCGCUCCUGGGAUUCGGGCAUCUGAACCCGAGGUUUUCGAUCAGGGAUUCCGGUCAGGAUGAGGGGAGGUUCCCGACGACGAGUACUUGUGUGAAUUUGUUGAAGUUGCCGAUGUAUUCUUCUGAGAGGAGGCUGAGAGAGAAGCUGUUGGCGGCGGUUAAUUCAGGGGCCGGGUUUGAUUUAUCUUAG